AAAAAGAAGCGCAAUAAUAAUUCGCAGAACCUCUCAUGCGAUUCCCGAUUCGCAUGCUGUUUGUUUUUACCAAAUGUCAUAUUCUCUAAUCUGGCACUUUGAAGUCUGUGCAACAAUAGACAUUAUUUGAAAUCAAUGACGAGAUUGUAAUUUCAAUUUCUCUCACGUAUUAUUUUGUACAAUAAUUAAUAUCCAAAAUGCCAGCUGCAGAUUUCAGUAGCAACGAACAAGCAGUUUUACAACGAGUUGCCGAAGUCGAUGGUCUGCCAGCUAAAACAUUGCCUGAAAAUUUGGAUUCUCAAUAUGAUUUGGAUGUAUGUGUUGAAUGGAUCAACAAUAAUUUACUUGAAAAGGUAUGUCUGCAGUUCCCAGAUUCACUUUUGCCAGAUUCUGUCGAGAUAGCUUUAAGAUUGGAAAAGCGUUUGAACAAGAAUGUCUAUAUUUUGGGAGAUUCGUCGUACGGAAGUUGUUGCGUAGACGAAGUCACGGCACAGCAUGUCAAUGCAGAUGGCAUCGUACAUUUUGGACACGCCUGUCUUAAUCCUACAAGCCGAUUACCAGUCUUUCACAUAUUGCCUAAGCAACAACUUGACAUACGAUUAUUUGUUACCGAGUUUAAGCAAUAUUUUAAAACUGAAGAGGAGAGGAUUUUGUUUUUCUAUGACGUGUCUUACGCUCAUCUAGCUGAAUGCAUUUAUAACACUCUGAGACCUACGUACAAAAAUUUUACUCUCACCAAGUUGAAUUGUUCCUCUAACGCGAGGUAUACGGACUCCGGUGAAGUGGACAGUAAAAUUUUUCUUGGCCGAAGUUACAAGUUGGAUGCUGGUUACAAUAUAAAGGACUACAAGGCCAUUUUCUUAGGUCCAAAUGGAAAAACCUUGAACAACUUAGCCUUAGGAAUAGCUGUUGAAAGUUGGUGUCAUUUCGAUGGUAGCAAAAUUGUGCACUUUACGGCAAGUGAUUCAAUAUGGCUUAAAAGAAGGAGAUAUCUAGUCGAGAAAUUAAAGGAUGCUCGUGUUGUCGGUAUAGUGGUGGCGACGCUGGGCAUAAAAAAUUACCUAGAAUCAAUUGCAGCUGUAAAAAACGUACUUAAACAAAAAAAUAAAAAGAGCUAUAUUGUAUGCGUUGGCAAACCAAAUCCAGCAAAAUUGGCUAAUUUCCCUGAGAUGGAUGCGUUUGUGGUAAUAGCUUGUCCAGAAAACCUUGUAUACGAUUCGAGAGACUUCUUCAAACCAAUGUUAACACCUUUCGAAGUGGAAAUAGCGUUCAACGCUUCAAGAGCAUUCUCAACGCAAUAUUGCAUGGACUUUCGGCAUAUCCUAUCCACAGGACUUAAUUAUGUACCUCUUGAAACUUCAAAUGACUCAGACGUAUCACUAAUUUCUGGAUCUAUCAGAAAUUUAACUAACGACGAGUCUCCAGUCAAUGGUAUGGGGGAAUUAGUGUCCAAGUCAGCUGGCACUGUUGCGAUCGGAAAGGGUGGAGCCGACUAUUUACUCAACAGAAGUUGGCAAGGACUCGAACAGAAGUUAGGGCAGGAUCCUGUUAAAAUCGCAACUAAAGGCCGCAUUGGGUUGCCAAUGGCUUAUGAAAAUGAACCGAUGAAGAAGGAAACAUGACAAUGUAAUACAUUAUUAGUGCUUCAAUAAUUAUAUAAUUUAUUCAUACUAUGUUAGCCGUCACGAUGAGGCACAUUUGAGUGUUGUUACUCAAUUAUCCUUACUACAUUGAAAAUGCCAAAAC